AUGGAGGCAAACACGAGCAGUUCAGGAACAGUAACAGGCCAGCGUUUCGCGGAGCGGAGACGUUCGCUCCCGCCUGGGGCAGAGCUGCGACAACGAUUACUAAAACAGCUGAAAGAGCUUUGUGACCAGAUCGGAAAGGCCUACAGCACCCUGGUACAAAAGGCAGCGCUCGUGAUAGAGCCUGCUGAUCAGGCAGUUUCAUUGGAGCCGGACACGCAACGGCAGGCGACUUGCAUCACGAACCUGUCUGAUGAGGGAGAGCUCUGGACCACAGUGUACGAGCUAAACCUUGGAGUCCAGAACCUUCUAAUGUUCAUUGAGGAUAUCCGUUUGCUUCUGCUGACGCAAGCGCAAGUGCCGGGACCCUCUGUCGAGGAGAACGGCUUGAAAACAGCGGGAAAAGGUGGGUGCUCGCCAACAGAGCUUGAAGGUGCUCGUUUCUCAGACAGACUGUCAUCCAGUAACACGCACCGGUUUCUAGAGCAACUGUGGGAUCGUUACACUCCUUAA